AUGAAGACCUCCAUGAUCCUCGUCCUUCCUUUUCUUGUCCUGGCUUCCGCCGCCCCAACCAAGCUUGACGAGAGACAGCCCAUUGAGCUUUCCAAGGUUGACCCCAAUAUCAAGUGCGCCUUGAAGAUAGCUAGGUCUAUCCACGUAUGCUUUCCCGACAUUGUCGAGGGCGACCCUGUUGGCCUGACAGAGAUCAACACAUGCCUUAAGAAGCUCUCAAAGUCCAGUGGCAAGGCUCUUCGCUUGGAGACUAUCCCUUGCGUCUAUUGA